UCUCUGACUCUUUACCUCGAUCAUUCCCUUGUCGUCUCUGAAGCUGGAGGAAGGAUGCUGCCUCGCAGGCUCCUGGCUCUGCUGGGACUCCUGGUGCUCUGCAAAGGUCAGGAGGAGAACGGGGCGGAUGAGUCCUGUGAUAACUUCACAGACUUAAACCUGUCGCACUGUUUCAUGGGAACCAGCCUGUACGUCCGCCUGCUGCUCUACACCCGGUACAACCUCGACUGUGGCCGAGAGCUCAACCACCACCACCUUUCCUCUCAGCCGCUCCUCAGGCUUCACCUUCCCACUGUCUUUGUCAUCCAUGGAUAUCGUCCUACGGGGGCGCCCCCCAUCUGGAUUGACCACAUCGUCCACCUGCUGGCCGAGCAGGAAGACAUGAACAUCAUCGUGGUGGACUGGAACAAAGGGGCCGCCAACCUCAACUACUUCACCGCUGUGACCUACACCAGAGAUGCUGCACACAACCUGACGGGUUUCAUCAUGACCAUGGAGGAUGAAGGAGCCUCUCUGAGCUCGGUUCACCUCAUCGGUGUGAGUCUGGGAGCUCACCUGGCUGGAUUCGUAGGAGCAAACCUGAAAGGAAGGAUCGGACGUAUCACAGGUCUGGACCCAGCAGGUCCGAUGUUCACCAGUGCUGCAGAAGAGGAGAGGCUCGACCCCUCAGACGCCAUGUUUGUGGACGUUCUUCACACCGACAUGAACUCUUUUGGGCUGAGAGGAACUCAUGGUCAUAUUGACUUUUAUGCAAAUGGAGGAGCUGACCAACCAGGGUGUCCUAAAACCAUCUUUUCAGGUAAAUCCUACUUUGUGUGUGAUCACCAGCGCUCCGUGUUCCUUUUCCUGUGCUCUCUAAACCGGACCUGCAGCCUCACUGGUUACCCCUGCUCGUCCUACAAUGACUUCCUGGAUGCCCGCUGUCUGCAGUGUGAGGCCUUCAAACCUGCGCCCUGUCCCGUGCUAGGUUACGACAUGAGCCGGUGGAGAGAAGCUCUGCUGCAGCUCGGACAGACCAAAGUCUUCUUCAGCACCACAGCCACGCUGCCCUACAGGAAGCUGAGCUACAGAGUGGAUAUGGUCACCUGGAAUCAGUACCUCCGCUGGGGUGUCGUCUACAUCCGGCUGCACAGCGGUAGAAACUUCACUGAGGCUCGAAUAGACCAUAAGCUGCUGAGGUUCGAGCAGUACACCUCCACUCGGCUGCUGGCUCAGUUCGACGAUGAUCUGCAGCAGGUUCAGAAAAUCUCCCUGAGGAUCAACACGGGUAACGUGAUUGGACCUCGGUACAAAAUCAGACUGCUGAGGAUCCGCUUCACUCCACUGGAUCGCCCUGAGAGGCCUGUGAUGUGCCGUUACGACAUCAUCAUGGAGGAGAACAUGGAGGUUGCUUUUCGACCUUUACCCUGUGGCUCUCGACUUUGACUCGCAGACAGGACCCUCCUCCUCUUCCUCAUUUUUUUCUUCUUCUAUGGAGUCACAUCCAGCGGAGGGUCUCCUGGACCCUGGUUUGACUUCCACAGGAGUGGCUGCAGCCUCCACCCUGGAUUAUGAAGACAAUUUGGCUGAUGUUGUGGAUUACCUGGGUUUCUGGAGAAUGACCAUGUGGUUAUGGAUAUUUGAAGCCACAGCACUGCUGUUAACGACAGGCUUUUUAUUCUUGACUUAACUGUUAUGAGUCAAACUGUGAGAUCUGGAAACCCAACAAGAUACAAAGCAAGAUAAUGGAAAUGCUGGGACUUCCAUCAUAGUGAAAUUUGGUCUCUGAAUAUCCAUUGUUGUCUCUGGCUGCCUUCUUACUCCAAAUACAGAGCUACCCUUCACUCUAUAGGGCAAAAACUUAUUUCACUUCUCAGCCAAAAUCCAUGAAUGAAGCUUAGCUUGAAUUAGCUCAAAGAGCUGAAACAGCUGUUUUUCUGAACACUUUAAA